GGCGCUAUGGAGAUGCACUCUACCAUCAGUCAUUAUCAUUUAUCAGGAAAAAACAAGAAAAUAUAUUCAAAUAGAGGACUUUCUUCACAGGUUGGGCAGACACUUGGCUCUUUCGACUGGUUUGUUAGAAAAAGAGGUCUGUGAUUCUUGCCUUUAGAUAUCGGAACGGGUUUUUUUCUGUUCGUGUUUACCGUCGAUAAAAUCCUCAUCGUUUUUAUUCACUACUGCUCAUAAACCACGAGACGAUUCAGAAAAUCUUAAAGAGAAGCCUAAUGUGGAUGGGAUUUACAUCGACGGCGGCAAAAACUCUUAGGAAUUAUAUUAGCGCUGACCCAACCAUUUUCUGAGGAUCAGCCCCGACAGCUCUGCGAAAAGCGAUGCAAAUUACGCCCAAAGAAAGAACACCUAAUACAGUAACUCCAUAAUGGAAGAUCACUAUAGACGAAACGUGCAUCAUGGCCUUUGAUCAUCAACAAAAAUCUCUGCCUACUUCGAACCAUGCGAAUACUGCUAAUUUUUAUUCGAACCAUAAAACUUUGAACAAUGCACCGAACGCUCCUUGGCAUCUUCAACACGCCGCACAUAAUCAAAAUUUUCAAGCACCACCUUCAUAUUAUCAUUACCCAGACAGAAGCUACGGCCCACGAUUUGGACUCAUACGAGGGUACCACAAAUAUUUGUACGACCCGAGACCUCAGCCGGAGCCUUGUUGCGAAUGUGCCCCUUCUCGCGCAAGGAAAACACAAUCGCCAGACGGCUGCAACUGGGGUGUUGCGUUUGGCUGUAUUUUGCUAAUCAUUGGAGUCCUAGCAAUUCUUAUGGGAUUUUUGGUUCCGCAGAAACCCUCCAUAGCUAGAAACACACAUUUAACAUCGGAAGAAAGACAUGAAUUGAGCCAAAUUAAUCUCUUCAUAGACGUUUUUGUGAUAACAGGACUUGCAGUCCUCUCGAUGGGGGGUUUGCUCAUUUCUGUUGCCUUGUUGCUGCCUUUACUGAGACGAAGGACCGAACCUUUCCACGACGAGCCGAUUAAAUACUUCGGCAGCGAGGUUUAUGUGAAGUCCGAACAAUUGCCGAUGUCAAAGUCGGGGAUGCCGACAAUAAACUUAGGAUUUCACAAGGAUAUUGUGCCUGGAAAUGUCGCUCUGCGUAAAAUUCAACCAGAAAGUGUGAAAAGCGAACCUGUCGACUUAAUUACCCAGACAAAUUCUCCAUAACUCAGAAAAGGAAUUUUGUGAGACAUAAAAUCUGAAUGAUUAAUACAAUCGUUUUAGUUACUUAUGAGUUUUGAUCACUUUUACAUGCUCUAUUCAAGAAUACAAAUCAGUCAAACAGGGACGAGGUACUGCGGGUCUAUUUAGCUUAAGCAUAUGACGUCAUGGGAUUGGCGCCAGUGCACAGCUUCCGUAUUACAGAAAGUUAUGAUGAAACUUAACUUAGAGAGGACACGAUCGUGAAAUUUUAACUGGUGGAGCAUAAGAAAUCAAACAACCCAGACAUCGAAAGAUGUGGAGACCAAAAGACAGUAUUUUAUCAUGCACUGUUCAAAGGUUACAAGUUAAAUGAAUUUUUCCUUAAAAAGGAACUAGACUGUUGAACACUUUUUGAGGCUGCGCCUCAUAUGGUCUUUACUACAUUUGACGUCAUCUGUUAUCUACAGUAGAACCCCGCUAACUCGAACUCCCAAGGGAAACAAAAAAUGGUUCGAACUACCGAGGGUUCGAGUUAGCUGAUAGUAAAGGACUGAAAAAAUGGGUUAAGGGCAACCGGAUCGAUCUGAGUUGGCGGGGUUCCACUGUAUAACUGAACAAACGCAUAGUAACAUGGUAUCUAUUUGACAAAAAGUAUUUAAUACAAUAAAAUCAUACGACCGUAAAUCCCUAUUAGCGCGAGGCACACUGACAGGAGUCGGUUACGGUUCACUGUGACACGAUAAGGUACACUAUAACCACCUGACCGACACUAAACGGCGUUGUGCAUUGUGAAUUGUUUUCGAGCGCUUGACAAUUUUAACGGUUUGAUUGAUCGAUUGGUUUCCUUAUACAAAUCAAAGUUAAUCCACAAAGGUAUUCCUUGUUUUUAUAGUCUAAAAAAAUUGUUCAGGUGCAAAAAGGGCGCAAUUUUAUGGUUAAAAUGAGCUCACCAGCCUCUUUUGGCCUAUUGGCAAUAACAGUGAUGACUCCGUGCUUAUUUGCUAGACAACCACAUUUACAAAACGAAAUGACUGUAAGAUUUCAUGCCUUCCAUUGGACUCAGUGCUGAACCAUAUUGUGAAUUUCUGACAAAUCGGUCCACACGAUUCAGUGGAGAGACUUAAUCAAUAAAUGCACAUUCCUUGAAACAAAAUGACAACAAAUUUUUUUAGCUCACCUCAGAGCAUAUUUGAUUGGUAAGCUAAUCGUCAGUAACUGGGUUCUCACAUUAGAAUGAGUAAAUUUUUUU